GAAUAAGCCCAUCGAUAAUUCGCAGGUAGAACAUUUAGUUUUAAAGGCUGAUAAAGUCGAUUGUUGUGCUAGAACCUCUUACCAACUGCACAAUUUAAAUAAUAAUGAAACUCUUCACUUUAUUGAUAACUUUUCUAUUCCUUGCGGGUGUUUUGGCAGAUGAUGGGUCAGUUUAUAUGGAUAAUGUUUUCACUUCAACCGAACUCAUCAAGAAGAUUUAUUUAAAGAGUUAUUCAGCAACAAGUGGUACAUCUAUAAUAAAUGGUUUGGAGCAUAUUAUUGAGUCAAUGGUUGAUAGUGUCGAUGAACUUUUUUUCAAGAAUUUCCAGAAACUUUGUUUUUUGAUCGCUAUACCGGACCACAAGGAUAUUAUAUCCGAUGCAACGGCUAUGUAUCAAGUUCCAGACCAACCAGGAAAUUACCUUAGAGUUCGAGACCUAACGAAAAAAGCCAAUGUAUUUCUCGAUCACAUGAUACAGUUCAUAGGUCUAGAACUAAUAGGAGGUAGACCGAAAAUGACUUAUACUACGGAUCGUGGAACAUUGCAAAACAUUGCAAACGAGAGAAGAGAAUAUGUUCGUCUAGCUUUAAUAAAUAUAAUCAGACGUCGUGUAUUAGGUGAACAGGUUGUAGAUGAUGUGGCCUCUUUAUUACCGAAGUGUCGUUUCCUAGGAGUAUACCUUAGUGCACAAUCACCAGAAUCAUACAUAAAAGAAGUUGAUAUUGAGUCAACUAGCCUUACGUGUAUUUUAAAGGAUAAAAAUGACACUAUAAGGAGAUACAGGAAAAUUGAUGGCACAUGGUCACAAAUAGGCUUAAAUGACCAAGCAGGAGAAUCACUCGAGACACAGUUACAACGUGGACGUCCAUGAGCUCCACCCACACCCACAUAUUAUCUACCCAUAUAAAAUAAUAUUAUUAGUCACUUUAUCAUUAUUACUUUUUCAUUAUAAUAUCUAAAAUAUAUACAUUUAAUUAAGCUGAUGGGAAAAAAACGGCUGGUGCAUUUUUUCAAUAACGUAUUCCACAUUAUACAUUUUUAUGUUCAUAAUGUUGUAUGACUAUUUCUGUUUUAA